AUGUCAAAUCUCGAUUCCACGACGCCACCGGCUGCAGCGGCGGCGGCGGAGAUGGGGACGGCGGAACGGGACUCUACCACCGCUUCUGUUUCAGCUUUGAAUGGGACACAGAAAUGCAAGAAGAAGAAGAAGAAGAAGAAGAAGAAGAAGAAGAUAAAGACUCAGGAGCAACAGGAGCCGCCUGAUUUGGAUUCCACAGCGGCAGCAGAGGCGGAGGGACAAGUAGAGGCAAAGCGAAACGAGGUGGAGGAGCAGGAGGCCACCGAUGCUGCUGCUUCUGCGAUGGAGGGGACACCAAAAUGUAAUGAGGAGGAUGCCAAGGUGAAGGUCAGUCUGAUGCCUGAGAAGGAAGCCAACACCACUGUUGUUUCAGUUUCGGAGAGUACACCAAAACGCAAGAAGAGGAGGAAAAAGAAGAACAAGUUGCAGGGGCAACUAGAUUCCGCAAAGGCAUCACCUAGUGUUGUUGCCAUGGAUAUAACUGUGGCCAAUAAAUCUGAAAAUGGUUGCACAGAUGUCGUAGGGGCAUCAGGACAUGCUGAUGUUAAUAUGGAUCCCAUAAAUGGUGAUGAUCCUAGUAGUGCUCAGUCAAAGGCAAAUGAUGCUGAUGUUUUACUGAAGAAUAAGGAUGGAAACAAGGAAAAUAAGAAUUGUGCUGAGAACAGUGGCUUGUUGCAGGAGAGCUCUGCAGGAAGAAAAAGACGGAGGGGAAAAAGAAAGUGGGCUUCAGCCAAUGGAGGACAAGGCUUCUCUUCUGAUAAUGGAGGUGUGGUUGCUAAGCAUAGCCUGCAUUCUUCAGCAAAUCAUGGUCUUAGCUGCAUAUGUGCUUCAUGUUUAGUUGAGACACAUGAAGAGAAGAUCCAAAAUAUCUACUCACCAAGAGGAUCGCUGGUAAGGUUUCAAAGGAAGAAACUUCUGAUCUUGGACCUUAAUGGUCUGCUAGCAGAUAUAAAUCAAGAUUACCAUAAUGCACACUUGGCACAUGCAAAGGUUCGAACCAAAUUAGUUUUCAGAAGACCGUACUGUGAUGAUUUUCUGAGAUUCUGCUUCCAGAAUUUUGAGCUAGGAAUAUGGUCAUCAAGGAAAAGGGAAAAUGUCAAAUCGGUUGUUGAUAUCCUUAUGAGGGAUCUGAAGCAAUACCUACUAUUUUGUUGGGACAUGUCUUACUGCACUGUUACGGGGUGCAAAACAAUUGACAACAAGGACAAACCGUUAGUGCUGAAGGAACUAAAAAAGGUUUGGAAUAAGGAUGAGCCAAAUCUCCCAUGGGGGCAGGGAGAGUUUUCACCUUCAAAUACAUUACUGGUGGAUGAUUCGCCCUACAAGGCUUUGUGCAACCCGCCAAACACUGCAAUCUUCCCAGAACCCUACAGUUACCUGAACCAGAGGGAUGAUUAUUCCUUGGGACCUGGUGGAGACCUUCGGGUUUAUCUGCAGAGAAUUGCUGCUGCAGACAAUGUUCAAAAUUUUGUUCGGGAUAAUCCAUUUGGUCAGAAGUCCAUCACAGAGAGUGAUCCAAACUGGAAUUUCUAUGUGAAAAUAGUUGAUAAGAUGGAGAAGAACAUAGUUGAUAAAGUGGAAAAGAAAGUAGUUGAUAAAGCGAAAAAGGAAAUAGUUGAUAAAGUGGAGAGGUCCUUAGGUUAA